UUCUACAUCAGAGAAAGAGAGAAAAGGAAUGGAGAGAAGAGGCUUUCUUUUUUACCUCUUUCUUUUAAAUAUUGUAAUAUAUUGCGGAAGAUAUUGGGAGGUGAGUGGUUGCUUGGACAGGGAGAGAAAAGCUCUCACCACUUUUCGAAAGGCUCUCAACGAUCCUUUCAAUAUUCUCUCUUCAUGGGAUGAUGAAGCCUCAGACUGCUGCAAAUGGAGAGGAAUUACCUGCCACAACAUAACUGGGUAUGUUCUUAAACUCGACCUCAACACUUACAAUGACAGUCUAAGUGGCAGAAUUGAUCCAGCUUUGGUUGAACUGAAGCAUCUUCAGUUGUUGGACUUGAGCGACAAUGCUUUUCAUGGUAUCCCAAUUCCACAGUUUUUGGGCUCCAUGAAAGAGUUGAGGCAUUUGAACUUGUCAGAAGCAGGGUUCAGUGGGAGAAUCCCUCAUCAGCUUGGAAACCUCUCUAAACUCAUUUCCUUGCAGCUUUCUUCAUAUCCCUUCUCCGACUCCCUGAGUGCCAAAAACCUGUGGUGGUUGACAAACCUAACUUCUCUAAAGUACCUCGAAUUGUCUUAUGUGAACCUUUCCAUGGCAAGCCAUGAUUGGGUCCACGUAAUGAACAAGUGUCCUUCCCUCGUUGAGCUACGCUUAUUCGAAUGUCAUCUUUCAUAUAUUUCUCCAACUCUUGCUUCUGUUAAUUUCACAUCUCUCCGUGUCCUUGAUCUCACUUUAAACCACUUCAACUCUACAAUUCCAAAGUGGAUAGCUAACAUCAGCAGCCUUGUGUCUUUAUAUCUCUCAUUUAGUAAUUUUGAUGGUCCAGUUCCUUACCAAUUUUCACAACUUCCCAACUUGGAAGAGUUGCAGCUGGGAGGAUCUCUCUGUCCUAAUUGUUCACGACUCCCUGAAGGCAGUUGGAGUAAACUGAAGAUACUUCAUCUAUAUUUCAGUGAGCUGCAUGGAGGAAUCCCCAAUUCUGUUUGGAAUAUGACAUCACUGAAGUCUCUCUCUUUCUCAUUCCGUGAGAAUAUAAGAGGUUGCAUUCCAAGAGCUAUAACUAAGCUUGUCAAUUUAGAGAGCCUGUCUUUGUAUGGAGGCCAAAUGAAUGCGCCCAUUCCUGAAUGGUUCAAUGAACUAAAAAAUCUAAAGAACCUUUUUCUCAAAGGUUGCAUGCUGGGCCCAAUCCCUGCAUCUCUUGGAAGAUUGUCUUCCUUGCAAUCUUUAGAUCUCAGUUGGAAUCAGUUGAAUGGGAGUAUCCCUGCAGCUCUUGGAGGAUUGUCUUCAUUGCAAUCUUUAGAUCUCUCACGGAAUCAGUUGAAUGGGAAUAUUCCAGCAGCUCUUGGAGGAUUGUCUUCCUUGCAAUCUAUAGAUCUCUCACGGAUUCAGUUGAAUGGGAAUAUUCCAGCAGCUCUUGGAAGAUUGUCUUCCUUGCAAUCUUUAGAUUUCAGUGGCAAUCAGUUGAUUGGGAGUAUCCCUGCAGCCCUUGGAGGAUUGUCCUCCUUGCAAUUUUUUGAUCUCAGUGGUAAUCAGUUGAAUGGGAGUAUCCCUCCAGCUGUUGGAGGAUUGUCUUCCUUGCAAUUUUUAGAUCUCAAUGGAAAUCAGUUGAAUGAGAAUAUCCCAACAACUUUAGGACAACUUUCUACCUUGUCUUUGCUUGACCUCUCUAACAACUCCUUGACAGGAAACGUGUCUGAAACUCAUUUUGAAUACCUCAAAAAGUUGGACUACUUGGAUUUGUCUUUCAAUUGUUUGGUUUUUGAUAUACACUCUGAUUGGGUCCCUCCAUUUCAGCUUUCUAGAAUUUCACUAAGAUCAUCUUGUUUAGGUCUUCCUCCCUGGAUACGAACACAAAAAUACAUACAGGAGUUGAAUCUCUAUAACACAACCAUCUCUGGCGUCAUCCCCACCUGGUUUUGGGAUUUUACAACCCAACUUUCUUCACUGGACCUUUCAAAUAACCAGAUUUCUGGCCAAUUGCCCAACCCAUUAAAAAUGCUGCCUGCUAACUACAUUGAUUUGAGUUUGAACAAUUUCAGUGGUCCCAUACCUUGCAUAUUGAAUGGAGUUGUAGUACUUGAUCUCUCCAACAAUCACUUUUCCGGGCCAAUCCCACCCAAUUUUACAUCCACAAUGUACAAUUUACAAGUUUUUUCUGCCAGAGGUAACCAAAUCAGUGGCAUAAUUCCCUCAUCCAUAGGCAAAAUGAAGUCUCUUCUUAUCCUUGAUCUUUCCCAGAACAAUAUAAGUGGCACCAUCCCACUAAGAUUGGGUGACUGUGUAGACCUCCGGGCACUUGAUUUGAGCAAGAACCGUUUAUCAGGAAGAAUUCCCACAUCUUUGGGUCUGUUACAUCAACUUCAAUCAAUGCACUUGAGCGACAAUAGCCUUUCAGGAAAAGUCCUUUCAUCUUUGAAGAAUUGUACUCUUUUGGAGACUCUUGACCUUGGACAGAACAAUUUUUCAGGUCAUAUUCCCACUUGGAUUGGCAAAAGUUUUCUGGUUUUAAGAAUUUUGAGUUUACGAUCCAAUAUGUUUACUGGUAACAUACCACCACAAUUGUUAAACAUAACUUCGCUUCAGGUCCUUGAUGUGGGACAAAAUUGUUUAUCCGGUUCAAUUCCUCAAACUCUUCAAAAUCUCACGGCCAUGAAGAUUGAGCAGAAUACUGACCACUUUCCUGUGAAUGGAACAAAAUCUUACUAUGAGGAAAACUUGGUUGUGUCGAUGAAGGGGCUAAUGCUUGAAUACACUAGAACACUUUCACUGGUUACAUGCAUGGACCUUUCAAGUAAUAACUUAUCUGGAGAGGUCCCUGAAGAACUCACAAGUCUUUUUGGAUUGCGUGUCUUGAACUUAUCUGGUAACCAUUUGACCGGAAAGAUCCCAGACAAGAUCGGUAAUUUGGCAUUGCUAGAGUCUCUUGAUUUCUCCAAAAAUCAGCUUUCAGGUAUAAUUCCUACAAGCAUGUCAAGAUUAACUUUUCUAAGUUACUUGAACUUGUCGAAUAACAACUUGUCGGGGAAAAUUCCAUCGGGAAAUCAGCUCCAGACACUUCAAGAUCCUUCUAUUUAUAUGGGCAACAAUGAUCUCUGUGGACCUCCUCUUUCAGAUAAGUGUGAUACUGAUGAGACUUCUCAAAGACCAAUGCCGGUUGGUGGUGAUGUAAAAAAAGAUGAUGGAGCGCAUGAAAUGGUUUGGUUUUACUCUGCAUUGACACCAGGAUUUGCAGUGGGAUUUUCGGCCUUCUGUGGCGUUUUAGUGCUAAAGAGAGCUUGGAGGAUUGCCUAUUACCAUUUCAUUGAUGAGAUGAAAGAAAGACUUCUUUACAGCUGUCGCUUUGCAAGAUGUUAGAUUGAAGAAGUUACUUGCAAACGAAGGUCAUGAAUAAUGAAUAAUUGUUUGCUACCUAGUUAUGAAAGCUUUACAGUGGUGAUCUUUUUUUUC